UCAGUGAGCUGCAACCAAGCAAGGUAGCAGGCACGAGCUACUCUCUUGUCUUUUCGCUCUUGUUUGCGACCCCUCCAGCAACAAUCUUUUCCAAAAAAGAGGCUCCCAAAAAUGACAACAGUGGUCCUAAUCUUCGAAGCACUGAAUCACGAUGUCAAAGCUGGUGUCCAACAUUGCCAUGACAACAGCCACGCGCAGGAAGACCGAGCGCGAGAAAAGAAAGUCGCCAGGAAGAGGUUGUACGUGGUGUCUGUCAUCUGCCUGAUUUUCAUGAUUGGCGAAAUCCUCGGGGGCUAUUUUGCAGGAAGCCUUGCAGUGAUGACCGAUGCUGCUCACCUGUUGGUGGACUUCACCAGCUUCAUCAUCAGCCUGUUGUCCCUUUGGCUCUCCUCCAGACCGGCGACGCACAAACUCAGCUUUGGCUGGCAUCGGGCGGAAAUCCUCGGCGCAUUGCUGUCGGUGUUCACCAUCUGGCUGGUAACAGGAGUGUUGGUUUACAUGGCUGUGGUGCGUCUCAUCAGUGACGAUUACACCAUCCAGAGCACAGUCAUGCUCAUCACCUCCGGCUGUGCUGUUGUGGCCAAUGUGAUUAUGGCCCUCACCCUUCAUCAGUCCGGCCAUGGGCACAGCCACGGAGGGCUCUCCUCACAUGGCCGCGGUCACGAGAAAGGGAGAGUAAAAGCAGACGCCCAGAUUUCCAAUCAUGCCCAUUUCGUCGAGAAUCUUGCCGACGUAGAGCAAAACCGAGACGAUCAGGGGGGGCGAGUGCAUCAGGCCAACGCCAGCGUGCGCGCAGCCUUUGUGCACGUGGUGGGAGAUCUCCUCCAGAGCAUCAGCGUGCUCGUCAGCGCCAUCAUCAUCUUCUUCAAGCCCGAAUACAAGAUGGCGGAUCCCAUCUGCACGUUCCUCUUCUCCGUCUUAGUUUUGUGCACCGCCUUCACCAUUAUGAGAGAUAUUCUGAUUGUUUUGAUGGAAGGUGUCCCAGCAGGGGUGAGCUACGGCGAGGUCCGAGAAGGUCUGCUGGCAGUGAAAGGGGUCACAGCGGUCCAUAACCUUCACAUCUGGGCCCUCACAGUCAAUCAGGCUGUGCUGUCUGCGCAUGUGGCCAUAGAUGAGUCGGUAGAUGCGCAGACCGUUCUGCGGGAGAUGACGCAGGCCUGUUACUCCUCUUUCAACUUUCACUCGGUCACCAUCCAAAUGGAGCGACAGGCUGACCUGAAACCUGGUUGCACCCUGUGCGAAGAGCCGAAAAUGUAGAAAAGCCUUAGAAGUUGUCGCGUUGUUGAUUUAUUAUUGUUAUUUUUUUUCUACUCUCACAUGUUUGUUACGUGUGCAAAACUCUCAGGUCUGUGCUUUACAUGUUCAAAUUGCAGCGCUGAACAAGGAACACAAACGACACGAGUUAAAUUUUCUCAACUAAGGGUUAGCUCUGUGAUCGUUUGGUGUUUAAAAAAAAAAAAACAACAAAAAACUUGUUUUAAAUUUUGGCUUUGGACACUCCGACCACUUUCCCAUCAACAUUGUAAGUUGUGUGUUAAGAUGACAUUUUGAAUAAAUCGAUACCCAUAGA